CACUUCUGAGCAGAUUAUAAUCCUUAGGAGUACGAAUGCUUUUUUAUUUGGAUGUCUGCUCCUUCAGGGUGAUUAACAACUAAAGUGCCUUGAACUUAUGCUCUCUGAUCUGUGUGACCAUGGCGGACAAAGAACCUGAAGCCCUGAAAAUGAAACGGGAGAUUGGGUUGAUUGGCGGUGUAGCACUAGUUUCAGGAACAAUGAUUGGAUCUGGUAUAUUCAUGUCCCCACAGUUUUUACUGGCCUAUGCAGGAAGCCCUGGAGCAAGUCUGGUGAUCUGGGCACUUUCAGGAGUAGUAGCUAUAUUUGCAGCGUUGUCCUAUACUGAAAUUGGGACAAUCAUUUCUGAAUCAGGUGGGGACUUCAUCUACAUACUGAGGAUCUACAGUUCAUGUCCUGCUUUCUUUGCAGCGAUCACUUUUAUCAUGGUUGUGAAGCCGUUCAGCAUUGCAGCAAUGGCAAUUAGCAUUGCAGAGUAUGCCAUGGCACCAUUUUACCCAGGCUGUUACCCUCCACAGCUGCUGGUGAAGUGUGCUGCUGCUGUGGCUAUACUGGUUGUUGCCAUCAUCAAUAUCCUGAAUGUCCGCCUUGCUAUCAGAAUCCAAGUGGUCUUCUUGGUGGCCAAAGUGGUGACACUGACAUUCAUAGUAAUUGGAGGGAUAGUGAAGCUCAUACAGAGCAGCACUGUCAUUGUGGAAAACUUGAAACUUGAGAAUGCGUUUAAAGGGACUCAAUACUCUUUGGGCACUCUAGGAAUGGCUUUUUAUCAAGGACUCUGGUCUUAUGCUGGCUGGUACAAUUUGAACUAUGUCACUGAAGAGCUGAAAAGACCUGAGGUCAAUCUUCCCAGGGCAGUUGUGAUAGCCAUUUCUCUGGUGACUGGCUUGUAUCUGCUGGUGAAUGUGAGCUAUCUGACAGUAAUGACGCCUAAAGAGCUCAUGUCCUCCAGCGCAGUAGCAGUUACCUGGGGGAAUAAGGUGUUAGGGAGCUGGGGAUGGAUCAUGUCUGUGGCUGCAGCACUGUCUGCUUUCGGCUCACUGAACGGGACCUUCUUCAGCGGCGGCCGUGUGUGCUUCGUUGCUGCCAGGGAAGGACACAUGCCAGAUAUUUUGGCAAUGGCUCACAUCCACAGACUGACUCCAUCCCCGGCACUGAUCUUCACCACUAUCAUCUCUCUGGUGGUGCUGAUCCCUGGAGACUUCCAGAGUAUUGUCAACUUCUUCAGUUUCACUGCCUGGUUUUUCUAUGCCAUCACCCUGUCUGGACUCAUCUAUCUCAAGAUCAAAAAGCCAGAACUCCCCAGGCCGUACAGGGUUCCCAUCAUACUCCCCAUCCUGGUCCUCAUCGCAGCAAUAUUCCUGGUGCUGGCACCCAUCAUAGACAAGCCUCAGAUUGAAUACCUCUACGUGACUCUAUUUAUCUUCAGUGGAGUCAUUAUCUACAUCCCCUUCAUCCAUUACAAGCUCUGCCCAGGCCUGUUGACCAAGUUGACAGUGUUCCUGCAGCUGUUCUUAGAGGUCGCACCAGCAGAGAAAAACCUGUGAUUUCCAGUUGUUAUGCUGCUUUUGAACUACACUUGUAUUUGCUAUCACACUCAAACAUUGCAUUUUAAAUUCAGCAGCCACUUACUGUGUAGUAUUACCUCCCAUCUGUCUCUCUACUGAGCACACACAGAUUUUAACAUCUACAAGACAAGUGCUGAUAACUGCAGUCUCCUUGUAAAAUUUGCUUCAAGAAGUAUUAAGAAUUUUUCUGGUAUAUAUUGCCUUUUUGCACAGGUGCACUUUGAAUUUAUUUUGCUGACUUUAGAUUCUUAGUCAGAGAGCACAAAGUUUACCUGUGUAACAGUUCAUCCUAAGUGGCUAAGCAGAAAAUGUUCUUAAACAGAUGCAUUUCUGUUGUUGUCUAUUAGUUUCAUUUCUGUUGUUGUCUAUUAGUUUCAUUUCUGUCAUUGUUUAUUAGAAAUGUUCAUUUGUAAAAUGUUCCAGUUAAAAGAUCCAUAAUAAUGUAUCUUGAAUAUAUUUUAUAACAAGAAACAUCCAUUUCACAGUAUCAAGUUUUUUCUUGAACAAUAACACAUACUGAUUUUGGGGAGAGUGAAAAGAGGUAUCUUUGACUUCCUCUGUUCUUGUACAAGAUAAAAAUGCUGAAGAAAGCUUUUACUGCUUUACAAACACCUACAAUGAUACCAAAGUGAGAAAAAGCACCAUAAGAUGUUUUUUAACUAAAACAAUGGGAAAAAAUAUUUGUCACAACAUUGCAACUCCUCCAAGUGUAUAAAACAAAAACUGCAGUAACCUUUGUCAUUGAACAGUUGCUGAUUUAAAUAUUAUGUGUUACAGUUUUAAAGAUGUUCAGUACAUGUGACUUGUGAUUUCAAUAUUUUUUUUGCAUCAGCAGCUGUGGUUCACAAACAGUACAUGUAAUAAAGCUCUGGUGAUUCCCUGACUUUUCCUCUAGUACCACCAGCAGAUCAACAUUUUAGGCUUUUAGUGACAUACAGCUAUUGAUUAAGCUGCAAUAAAACUGGGUUCACACAUUCAUGUCCCACUGAGGAUGAUUUGUAAUCCUUAAUCCUGAAUUGAUCCUUUAAUUAACUUUUCAAAGUGUCUUCAAGUAAAAAUUUAUAUCAGUGGAAUAUGUUAGCAUACAAUUUUAGGGUUUUAACACCUGCAAUACUAACAACAUUUUAAUCAGCCAUUACUGUAGUUUGUGUUUAGUGUUAAGACAUUAAACUAAGAUGAGACAAAUAAAAAUGAUACCUGCUAAA